UCACUAACAAACGACUUUGAAGAUUUAGUUCGUGAUUUGAUAGAAGAGAAUCCCUGGGCAUUAUACAAAUCACCAGAUUUACAUUACGUAAGCGAGGCGACCAUGCAACGCCUGGCUGAACAUGCAAAUGCCAAUGGGAGCCAGGGUGUCAUUCUCGACAUUAUUAUCAAAUGGGGCAUACGCAAGAACCAGCAGUUACCAAUGUCAAUCUCACAGUGGAAGCGCAAAGAGUUUACGAUACUAAAACGAACAAUUAAACGAGUCAUUAACUUUUUACGCUUCACUGAUCGCGUCAAUGGAUAUGCUAAUGCUGCAUUGAUACCGUUCGAGAUGAUUGCACCCACAAAAAUGGUUAAGCAGUUACGAGCAGCAGGGGCUCUACCCAUGGGACCCUUUUAUCCGUGUUUGCAAGUUCCCAAUACGAAUCUUAUUUCUGACGAAUUAGCCGAUCGACUUUUAGAACAAUUGCAUGGUGGAGAUGGUGCAUGGCUUCAACCAUCCAAAAAUG